UGUAUAUCUGCAGAGACAAUGACUCUAAGUUUUCUAUUGUUGGAUCUCCGUACUGGAUGGCACCUGAAUGUUUGAAAGGACUUAAGUACAAUGAGAGGGCAGAUUUAUUUUCCUAUGGUAUUAUAUUAUGUGAAACCAUUGCUAGGAUACCAGCUGAUCCAGAUGUAUUACCACGUCUUGAGAACUUUGGUGUAGACCGUGAUACAUUUACUUUGCUGUGUGGUGACUGUCCCAAUGAGUUUCUCCAUGUUGCCUUCAAAUGCUGCGAGAUUGAUCCAUUGGACAGACUACCAUUUACUGAGAUAGUGGACCAAAUUAAUGAUAUAUUGACAGCACUGAAACAUGACAUAAGUCAUGGAAUGUCUCCCGAUGAAGAAGUGGAGGCUCUCAUAUCUCAAGAGGUUGUUAAAGGUCACAAGAGAGCAAAGUCUGAGUCGGGUACCCCCUCACCACCACUACCACCACCACCACCACUACCAGCACGGUCACCCGUUCUACAUGCUGGUUUGAGCCGUUGCAGUUCAGAAAAAUCCACUUCAGGAUUACUGUGUGCAACCCCUGGUGGUGUUCGCUGUAAUCCAUUUAUAAACACACCUUUUGGGCGAAAUAAAUUGAUAAGCACUAGUGAUAACAGUUCUGUGUUUGAGAUGUCGCCAUCAACACCACCAUCAUCCCCUGUGUUUCCUCACGAGGUUCUAGCAACGUUGGCAGAAGUCCACCGCCAAAGAAGAAAGUCACGUUCAUUACCAACAUCACCAGAAUUACAAAGACGAUCCAUCACCAACUCAACAUCAUCAGAUGAAUCAAUGUUAUCAUGGAGUCUUAGUUACUCCUGUAGAGGGAGCAAAUCUAGCAUGUCAAGUGGACUAUUAGGACUUUCAAAUAAAGAUAAGAUGUCUGAUGUGAUACCAAAAGAUAGUCAUAAAACACAUGAUAUUCACAUUGGUAGUAGGCGUCUGGAUUCUGGUCUCAGUUCUUUAUACGAUGAAGACUUGGAGCAUGCUUCAGAGAUUGGCAAUGUUAGUAUCUCCAAAGUCAGGGAAAAACUGGAGGAAAGCUUGUCUAUUAAUCCUCUUAAUAGUAGCUACAGUAGUACAUGCAGCUCUAGCUUAUCUGCUAGAUAUUCCCAAGACAUAGAUGGGUUGCCUAGCAACUGGGAUGAGAAAGAUGAUGGUGAUGAAGCUAGUAGUAAAAAAGAAAGAAACUGA